UGGAUGUUGCUCAAGUCAGCCUACAACGGUCUAAUUCCAUCAUCAGCAACUCACCUUGUCACAAAUUUCAAUUAUUAGUCAGAGCUUUGUGGGAUAUUUAUUUUUGUCUUGAGUGACGACGCAUCGGAACCACUAGAAAUUGAUUGGCAUCAAACGUCAGGUACUCUUCACGGAAAGUCUGAUCUGACGUGUUUGGUUUGCAACAAGGGACGCACUAGCGCGUUCUGGAAGCUCAAAAACACCACCAGCAGAGCGGUCAUCAAAAAAGCAAGACAAAUUCAAAGGGCAAGGCGGGUCAAAUUGGCCAGGUCUCUGAAUCGACAUUUAAUUCAUCCUUAGUCGCAUCAAAGAAUUUGCAAAGAUGCCACCAAAGCAAUCUGCGCCGCCCUUUAAAGCGGACGAGAGAGUAUUCUGCUUCCAUAUGGACAUGCUUUACGAGGCCCGCAUCCUCGAGAUCCAGAGCGAGGACAACGACCUAUUCUACAAGAUCCAUUACAAAGGAUGGAAGAACACGUGGGACGACUGGGUGCGGCAGGAUAGGCUGCGCAAGUUCAACGAUGAGAACAAGGAGCUGGCCCACACGCUCAGGGAGAACGUCAAGGCACUCCAGGCGCAGGCCAAAGGCGGUGCCAGCGCCAGAACGGCUGCCUUGAAGAAGGUGUCUGUGACUGGCCAACGCACCGGAGUCGACUCUUCCAGGGGGAGUGAGGAGCGUACUGCACAACAGGCGACGUCGAGUGGAAGGGGAUCUAAGCGGCAACGGGAUCACGAUCUAGAAGAGUGCGGUGUGAAAAGUUGA